CUCGCUCCCCGCACUAUAGCAACGGCCGGCGCCGCCUCCUCCCCAACGCGUCGUCCCGUCGAGCGCCACCGCACCGGUUUCCUUGCCGUCGCGCGCCACCGCUGCUCUCCUAUCCGCCUUCACCAUACGUUGCCGGCCCUGCUACCCCUGCUCAUAACCGUCUCCAGGAUUCCUUCGCGGGCGCCGCGGGCCGUCUUCUGGAAGCGGAUCGGAGGCGGCGAGCGGGCGGGGAAAGCGGCGGCCAGAGGAGAUGCUCAAGUUCCUGUCCAGGGUGGUGGUGGAGUACAACCCGCUCGACCCGCGCAAGGCGGCGGCCGUGGAGCUCCUCGCGCAGUGCAACGGCCGCAAGGCCAAGGACUCCAACCCCACCUGCUCCGUCGAGCUGCGGCGCCUGCCCUCCCCGGCCGCGGCCGAGGACCCCGAGGCCCAGCCGCCCCCGCGCGUCCUCGUCACCUACCUCAACGGCGCCGAGGAGGCCUUCGUCGCCGCCGACGGCGCCACCGCGCAGGGCAUGCGCGACCAGAUCCUCGCCCGCGGCCGCCUCCUCGAGACCGAGCAGCUCUUCCGCGAGGCCGGGGAGAAGUGGCCCGUCGUCAUCCCCGAGGAGGAGCUCGGCAUGUCAUUCCCCGGUAUCAAGGCUCUCGUGAUGCGGGCGAUUUGGAUGCAUGCUUGAAUUUUCCAUCCGAUGUACCAGACCUGCUAUUGUUCAGUACUUGCCAAAGAAAGCCGAGGAGAAGCCCCAGGCUUCGUGAUCAAGGCAGAGCUCUUUCAGUCUGGUGUGGUUAACUAGCAGUACAUCUGUUCUCUCGCAUUUGGGAGCUUGUCUUCAUUGACUAGUUCAGGUUCAGGGCAUGUCCCUUGUUCGUUUCUCUUUUCUCGGAACAUGCUAUGCUGAGUAGCCCAUUUGGUGUUGAUUUUACAACCCUGUUCUAGAACGAUCAACUGUGAACCAAUUUAUUCAGAAUAAGUUUGCUC